UGCUGAAUUAUUAUUUUUUUUGCACCUACUUCGGUUUUCUUGAUACGACGACUUUACAGCGCGAAAUGGCUACUCCGUUCUGCUCAAUGUUCGCAUACGUGAUAGUCAUGGACAAAGAUCUUGAGCAUUGCGACACUGAUCCUUUGAAUGAGAGUGAUAACGACAGGAAACGUGAGAAUUAUGGCAAUUUAAGACUUCAUAGGGUCAUGGAUUGCAAUAGAGAUCUUGAUGCAGAGCGGGAUGGAGAAAGAGACAAUAAUAACCACGAUCACCUAAUUGAAGAUAGAGCUGAGUAUAAAUUGGGGCGUGAUUUUCGGAGUAUUGGACAUCAUCGCAAUGCAGUGCACAUACCAAGCGGAAUGGACCAUCUGAAUAACUCAGAUGUUGAGGUAAAGUUAUCGCGAGACGUACGAAGUUCUUUGGGUCUUGGCCUUUCAUUAGAGCUUUGUGUCGUAUGUGGCGAUAGAGCAAGCGGUCGCCAUUAUGGUGCAAUAAGUUGUGAAGGAUGUAAAGGCUUUUUCAAACGCAGUAUACGUAAGCAACUGGGCUAUCAAUGUCGUGGUAGCAAAUCCUGUGAAGUUACGAAACAUCAUCGUAAUCGGUGCCAAUAUUGUCGUCUCCAGAAAUGUUUGACAAUGGGAAUGCGCAGUGACUCUGUCCAGCACGAGCGAAAGCCAGUUUUGGGCGAGGCUGCUGGUACAAAAAUGGCCAACCGCAGUGCAAAAGUGAAACCAGAGCCACAACAAAUUAUACCGGAAGCAGCAUCCCUAUGGGAACCACCAGAAAGUCCAAGUGUUGAGGAUCAGAGUAGCGAUAGUGAUCUUAGCGAUGCAUUGACGCUCGCUAGAGAGCGAUUACUGAUUUCUCAUGCACUUGAAGGCAUGGCCAAGCUUAUAGGUGAUAGUGUAAAUGGAUCGAAUGAACCCGAAGAAGAAUGGACUGGGCAAUUGCUGUACGAGAGAAAUACUGUAUUCGAAUUGAGAGCUCCAAGUCCGGCUCCCGCAUAUCUAUCAAUACACUACAUCUGUGAGAGCGCCGCUAGACUUUUGUUCUUGUCGAUACACUGGGCCAGGGGUAUACCUGCUUUCCAAGCACUUCCAUCCGAUGUACAAACAUCUUUAGUGAGAAACUCUUGGGGUCAAUUAUUCACUCUGGGUCUAGCUCAAUGCGCCUACACCCUAUCGCUUCCAAGUAUUCUCACAUCAAUAAUCAAUCACCUUCAGGCGAGCAUCGCUCAGGAGAAAAUAACAGCGAGUAAAGUGAAGCUCAUCACUGAACACAUAUGUAGGCUACAAGAUUGUGUUAGUUCAUUGCAGAAGAUGCAGGUCGACGCCACCGAAUAUGCUUAUCUCAAGGCUUUGACAUUAUUCAGUGCUGAUAAUAUUCUGGCAGAUACGUGGCAUAAAAAAGUAGAGAUUCUUCAGGAAGCUACUUGGAGUGAACUACAGCAACGUGUGGGACCACAAAGGCUUCCUAGGUUAUUAUUGAAACUUGCACCACUCCGUUCAAUCAACCCACGCAUUCUCGAGGACCUCUUCUUCGCUGGUCUCAUUGGUAGAGUAAGCGUAGCAAGUGUUGUGCCUUACAUACUUGGAAUGGAAGACUGUAAAAGUGAAAUGGAUGCACAAAUGGGAUAACAAUCUCUGAUUAUGAAAUAUCGAUCGUUACCUAAAAGUAUGGCUUAGAUAUAAGUAUUCAGUGUUCCAUUUUAACAUUCUUAUUAAACUGAAGAAAAAAAAACGAGGAAGUAUUUAUAACAAUGUUUCAUAUUAUCAGGCAAUUUGCGGGUGCGGGCAAUCGUUGGUUGAAAUAAAUGAGUCAAUAAUACCUCUGCAUUUGAAAAUAUUGCAGAACAUUAUUUGUUUUGUUAAUGUACUUAGUUUUAUAUUCCAUUUUAUUUUCGCUGAAGAAGUUUAGGGACUUAAUUAAUUAAGAUAAACUGCAACUUAGAUUCAGUUGAUUAAUAUAUGUUAAGCGUGAAUUAAUUUGCGCAAAAUAUCUUAAUAAUAUCGUACCUGUCGAAUUAGUUUUUUUAAUCACUAUCUGUAAUGUUGAUGCUCUUAGAUUCAUUAGCCUGACCUGCUAAAGUUGUUAGUUAUUACGUAAUCACUAUCCUUUUUCACUGUUCUAUUUUACUUCGUUUAAAGACGGUCACAACAUUUUCACAUAUGUAAGAAUGAAAUUCUGACAGUUUUUUGCGAGUAGCAAUAAUUAUAUGGUUUAAACAUUAGAAUUAUAUAGUUUUAUUCCGUUAUACGUGAAUUUUCGUUUUGUUUUCAUGAAAACGGAAAAAUGAAAUGUGAAAUAUGAAUUCAGUUCCAUAAAUUAAUAUCUGGCUAAUACAACAUAGUUUUAGACGUUUCAAAGUGUAACUAAAAAUUGACUUUUUGAAGAGAGUAUGAAUAAUACAAUUUUUUACCGUAAGUCUCAUAGUAAAGACAGUAUAUAAUAUAAUCAGAGGAACGUUCUGGAUAGGUUUCUCGAAAAAUUCUUCAAAAAUGUUAUCCUAAAACCGGUUGAAAGAGAUAUUGAGCGUGGUCAAUGCAAAUAAAAGAUGUUUCCAUCACGGUCUCAACAUAACUAAUGCUAUUCCCUAGUGCAUUUCUAUAAUCUAUUAGUAUGUUUGCAUUUGGCAAUUUGAAUUAAAAAUUUUUAAUUUUGGGAAGUUUUCAACAUUUUAUUAAUAAAUUGCCAUUCAUUUUGAAGAUUUUCAAGUUUCAAGUAAAUAAACUGUUCAAAUAUUAGUGGAGAAACAUAAAUAACGUUCAGACAAUAAUUGAAGAGCCUUCCAUCCAUUUUGAACAUCUUCUACUGCUAGAAAUUAAAAAAAGAAUCGUGUGUCCAUCUCAUUGUGUUGUGAAUAAUAAAAUGUGCCUAGAAAUGAAUAAUUCACAAAGA